AUUCGUGUUUUGAGUGAAAACCAAAAUCAUCCUAACCUCAAGUUUUGACAGCACAUUUGGCACCAAAAACCUCCCUAAGCAAUGUUAUCGGUUGCAUUUUCGUACAACGUUGCCGGUUCAGGGGUCUUUUAAUUUUUGACCAGAUAAUGACGUCGUAUUCGCAUCUCCAAGAAAAAAACGUCAAAAUUUCAGUGACAACCUGUCAGCACGAUGGGUCGGGACUACUACAAAAUCCUGGGACUCAAACGCAACGCCACCGACGACGAAAUCAAGAAAGCGUAUAGAAGACUAGCCUUGCACAACCACCCCGACAAGAGCAAAUCUCCAGGUGCCGAAGACAAGUUCAAGGAGAUCGCCGAAGCCUACGAGGUACUAUCCGACAAGAAAAAACGUGAUAUUUAUGACACCUACGGCGAAGACGGGUUAAAAGGGGGCGUGCUGGGCCCCGGGGGCGGGCCAGAGAGCUUCAGCUACACCUUCCACGGGGACCCGCGGGCCACCUUCGCCCAGUUCUUCGGUAGCGCCGACCCCUUCGAAAGCUUCUUCGACCUGGACGACAACCCCUUCAACGUGUUCAUGGAGAUGCGCAAGCAGAAGCAGGACCCGCCGGUGGAGUACGACUUGAGCGUGUGCUUGGAGGACGUUCUGCACGGGUGCACCAAGACCAUCAAGAUCUCGAGGAACGUGGUGGAGAAUGGGGUGCGCACGCGGGAGGAGAAGAUGUUGACGAUUGUGGUGAAGCCGGGUUGGAAGGCUGGGACGAGGAUCACGUUCCCGAAGGAGGGGGACGUUUUGCCUGAUAGGGUGCCCGCGGACGUGGUUUUUAUUAUCAAGGAUAAGCCGCACCCCGUGUUUAAGCGGAGUGGAAGUGAUAUUUUGUUCACCGCGCAGAUUUCGCUUAAGCAGGCUUUGUGUGGCUGUUCGGUUAGUGUUCCUACUUUGAAUGAUAAAAGGGUGAAGUUGGAUUUUAGUGGGGAGAUAAUCAAGCCGAGUAGUGUGAAGAGGAUACUGGGGCUGGGGUUGCCGUUCCCGAAGGAAUCGUCCAGGAGGGGGGAUAUUGUGGUGGACUUUGAUAUCAAGUUUCCGGAGAAGUUGUCCCAAGUGGUGAAGAAUUUUGUUGGGGAUAAAUUUCCAGGGUAGCAAGGGAGAUUGUGAUAGUAGUGUUGUGACGACGAGAGUGAUAGUGGGUUUCUAUUUUAUUAAACGAAGUAGAAAAA